GUCGCUGAAGGUGUGUUUUGAUUGGAAGUUAAACUCAUUGAAAUUUGUUCCAGAUUUUUUAGAUUUUGUUUGUUUAGAUUUCAUCACCUCUUACUAUUUUUUUUGUAGAAACUCAUUUUCAGCCUGACUUUGUUUUUAAUAGGAGUGUGUGUGUGUGUGUGUGUGUGUGUAAAGAGCAUAUUGCCUCUUUGACUGCGUCUUGCUGCUCUUGGACAGGAGAGAUGUUUUAGCGUGUACAGUGUGGUUAUACUGGAGGUUUGAUCUGCCUUGAAAGAGAAAAUUCUGGGGUUCAGACUUGGAGCGCUGCUUUAUUAUUAUUAUUAUUAUUCAUUAUUAUUAUUACUAUUACUAUUAUUAUGCGCGUGCACGGUUUUUUUCUGGUAUAAAAGGGGUUUAAAAAAACAGCUAAAAAUAAAAGGGAAAAUAUAUAUCCCUGCCCCUCCUGGUUUCUUUCUCCACAAAGAAAUCAUUUGAGCUUCCUACCGCAGCAGCCUGAACGGGACGUAAAUAGUUUCAGCAGCAUGUGGAUGUGAUUUUAGCACAGAGAGAGAGAGAGAGAGAGAGAGCAGACUCUUUUUUUUAGAAGGUUUUAAGACUUUGUGUUUUUAUGGGUCACUCCCUGCCAUGUGGUGCACGAACAUGACGGAGAAACAUCAGGAAGCUGAGCUCCACUGAACGUUCAUGCUGGAGAGAGACCCAGAUUUGUUGGUGUGAAGUGUUUUGGGAAGACGGAGGCAUGGGAUCCACGGCGGCGCUCCACACGCUCAGCUUCAUCAUCGUCAUGGUCAUCAUCUUCACCCUGCAACACGGCCUGGUGGAGGCGGAUGAUGUGCUGACGAAAGAAGAACAGAUGUACCUCAUCAUCAAUGCCAGGAACAAGUGCGAGAGCUCCAUAAAGUCCAGACACAAAACAGCUGCCAGUAACUGUGUCCCCGAAUGGGAUGGCUUUGUUUGUUGGCCUGAAGGAGUUCCAGGACGGACGGUGUCUGCUUCCUGUCCAGAGUAUGUUUACGACUUCAACCACAAAGGCCAUGCCUACAGGAAGUGUGAUGUGAAUGGAAGUUGGAAACUCACUGCAACGAACAAGACAUGGGCGAAUUACAGCGAAUGUGCGAAGUUCAUCACAAACUACAAUGACACCCGUGACAGGGAAGUGUUCGACAGACUUUACCUCAUCUACACCAUUGGAUACUCCAUCUCAUUCGGCUCCCUCAUGGUGGCCAUCGUCAUCCUCGGAUACUUCAGGCGUCUUCACUGUACGAGGAACUUUAUCCACAUGCACCUGUUCGUGUCCUUCAUGUUGCGAGCGCUCAGCAUCUUUGUUAAAGACGUUGUUCUGUAUUCGGGAACAAACUUGGAUGAGACUCAGCGAAUCACAGUCGAGGAUCUGAAAUCCAUCACUGAGGCUCCGCCCACUGAGAAGACCAAGUUUAUCGGCUGUAAGAUCACAGUCACGCUCUUCCUGUACUUCCUUGCGACGAAUUAUUACUGGAUCCUGGUGGAAGGCCUUUACCUCCACAGCCUCAUCUUCAUGACCUUCUUCUCUGACAGAAAGUACCUCUGGGGCUUCACUGUCAUUGGCUGGGGCGUCCCUGCGAUGUUCGUCACCGUUUGGGCGAGUGUUCGAGCCACACUUGCUGACACGGAAUGCUGGGACCUGAGUGCUGGUAAUCUGAAAUGGAUUGUGCAGAUCCCCAUUCUGACAGCCAUCGCGAUUAAUUUCCUGCUCUUCUUGAACAUCAUCCGAGUUUUGGCUACGAAGCUGAGGGAGAGUAACGCGGGCCGCUGUGACAGCAGACAGCAGUACAGGAAGCUGUUGAAGUCCACUCUGGUGCUGAUGCCGCUGUUUGGUGUUCACUACAUCGUGUUCAUGGCCAUGCCGUACACUGAGGUGUCUGGAGUCCCCUGGCAGAUUCAGAUGCACUGCGAGAUGCUCAUUAACUCCUUCCAGGGUUUCUUCGUUGCGAUUAUUUACUGCUUCUGUAAUGGAGAGGUCCAGGCAGAGAUUAAGAAGUCGUGGAGUCGGAGGACGCUGGCGUUGGACUUUAAGCGUAAAGCACGCAGCGGUAGCAGCACUUACAGCUACGGCCCGAUGGUUUCUCACACCAGCGUGACCAACGUGACGUCGCGGCAGCGUGACGUAAACAUGCGGCUCACGCCCGCUAACGCUAAUGUUAGCACCAACGGACACCGGAACCUUCCGGGCUACGUAAAGAACGGCUCGGUGUCAGACCAGUCCAUCCCCUCAUCUGCUCAGGAACUCCACGUGCAGGAGGACGAACCGUCCAAGAUGGCCACGGAUGAAAAACCUGCCCCACUGGUCGAGGAAGAGCGGGAAACGGUCAUGUGACCUGGUGGAAUGUUACACAGAACCUCAGGAUCUGCUCUCAGAGGAGUUCGCUAGCGUUGCUAAAUAAGAUAACAGCCUAGCGUUUCCUAGGCUAAUGAAGGAGCUCUGGAGCAGCAGCAGAGUUCAGAGGACGAUGUUUACGCUGCUGUGGGAUAUUUAAGGUGUAAAAUAUUGUAUAAAUUUUGUGUAUAGUGAAAGGUGUUACUUCGUGCUGCAUAUCUUUUCAUCAAAAGCAAAAUCAGGUGUUUCUUCUUUAAUCCUCUGUAGUUUGUGUAUUUUACCGAAAAAUGCUCUUUUUGUCGUAGCUGAAACUUUUUGAAGGGGUUACGACCUUUUGUAAUAUUUGAAGUAAAAUUUCGGGUGGGCGUGGAUUUGUUCUCUGAAAGUUUCAGACAGAAAUCGUUACUCAGACUCACACCAGAACAGACCUCCAGUUUAUUUUUUUAAGAAAAACAAAUUUCUGAAGAAAAAAAAGCGUGACUUCUUCCUGGAAUCCUCCAUGUCUGUGCUUUAGCCGCUAGCAUGUGUGUUGCUAUGCUGCCUCGCUAAUUUCCUCUCUAGUGUAAAAUAUUUGCUAAUCUGUCUGAUUUAUUUGGGGGUAAAAUUGAAGUACAUUCUUGCCGUGACCUCACGUCCUCUCAAGGAUUUUUUUCUGCCAGAAUUUUUUAAUAAACAUUCCACAUUCUUUACAUUUAAAGAGUUUAGUAAAAGAAGCUAAACAGCUGAACUUAUGACCUUAAUAAGCCUUGCAUGAAUUCAAAUUUUUCUCACACAGCUAGCUAACUUAGCUAACUCUCUAUUCAUUUAGCUAGUUGAGUUUGAGUUAGCAAAGGACUGGGACUGAAUUGGAAACUAAUGAAUUCAAUUUCUUUUGUUGUGUUUAUUAGCUGAAUUCAUGUCCAGUGUUUUGUUUACAGUGUGUUUAUUUUAUCCCCUUCAGCAGAUUCAACUUCAUCUCAAAACAACAUGAGGUCUAUUUAUUUAUUAGAUUUUUUAUUUUAAAUAUUUUUUGUAAAAGUGUAAAAUGCGUAAAUCCACUCGGUGUGUAUAAGUGUGUCAGGUUUGUAUUCGUGUAGGUCAAAAUGUUUACAAAAAAUAAUAAAAUAAAACAGAAAGAUGAUUGUGUUGUGAGCGAAAAGCACAGCCUUCAUGCUAACGUUUCUGGAAUGUGACGGAAUCUGGGACGAGAUCUUCUUUUACUGCGAUACGCUAAUGACUUAUUAAAGCAACAUUUAUACAAAUCAAAGAUAAUACUCAAGCUAAACGUCAUCCUUAGCUAGCAAUCUGAGCAUGUUAGCUAACAACUGAAAAUUUGUGCUAGUUUAAAGACAAAAAUAUCUGUGCGAACUAGCUAACCGAGCAUGUUAGCUAACUCUAUACCUGAAAGACUUUUAUAUUGAUUUAGCAACAAAAAAAAUUAUUUUAUUCACUGAAGGAAUUUUCACUUUUAAAGACAGUCGUACGAACACAUUGUAAUAUUCCGAAAAUUUUAUAUCAAUUUUUUAAAAGAAUUUCAAUUUCAAUUUAUUCAAGUAUUAGUGGUGUUGCUUUAAAAAGUUGUUACUGUGUGUGUUUAUUUGAACCUAUCAUUUUUUCGGAGAAAAUGUCAUUA